AUGAAUAGAUAUGAUAGACAAUUGAGAUUAUGGGGUAAUGAAGGACAAAACUUGUUAGAUAAUUCUCAUAUUGGUAUCAUUGGUAAUAAUAGUGAAUUAUUUCAAGAAAUUUUGAAAAAUUUGAUUUUACCAGGGAUAAGGCAAUUCACUUGGUUUCAAUUAGACAAUGGUGAUGAUUCUGUGGUUGAUACAACGAUGGAAAAUAAUGAUAUUGGGUUUUUCCCAGAUACAAUCAAUCAAUUAAAAGAUUUAAAUCCAAAUAAUGUGGCAAUAGAUGUAAAGAAAAUUUCUAUAAAUGAUAUUAUUACAAAUGAUGUUGAUGCUACGUUGUUUAGGGGCUUAGAUUUGAUAUGCUUGGUGAAUAUUGGUGAUUUAAAACUUUUCCAAGCUCUUAAUAAUAAUAAUAAUAAUAAUAAUAAUAAUAAUAAUAAUAAUAAUAAUAAUAAUAAUAAACAUGGGAUCCCUAAAGUUUUAAAUUGUUUUACAAAAGGGAAUUUUGGUUAUUUUAAUAUAAAUUAUUCAACAAAUUUCCAUUUCGUUAUUAAUGAGCAUAAUGAUUAUAGAUUACCCAUAUUACGUUUGGAUCAUCCCUGGAAGGAAUUGGAGAAUUAUUUAAAUUCUUUUAACUUUAAUGAUAUCGACUUGAAUGAAUUAGCAAAUCUUCCCUAUCCAAUUAUUUUAUAUCAAUUACUUCAAAAACACAACUGCGACGUUAAUUUACCAACAUUGAAAAAAAAUUUCGAUAAUUUUAUUUCAAAUUUUAAUUAUCAAAAUGAAAUGGAAAAAUUGGAAAUUCAUACUCUAUUGAAUAUACUCGAGGUGAAAAGAUUCCUUUUUUUAUCAAUGACAGAUUUAGAAUUUAAUACUCGAUUAUAUGAUACAUUAGUGCAAUCGAUAUCAUUUCUAAAUUCAUAUAUUAAAAAAUAUUCCUAUCUUGAUGAAUUUAAUUUGAAAAUUUAUCUUUUAAUCGUGUCUGUAAAACAAUUUAUGGAUAUGGAUUGUGGUGCUAUUGGUAAUGCCGUCGGUGAGAAGAUUAAAUGGUAUCCCUUAAUUAAUUAUUUACCUGAUAUGGAUUCAUCUACUGAGCAAUUUAAUCGAUUGAAAAAAAUUUAUGAUUCGAAAUAUCAAUCCGAUUUGAAGAAAUUCGUUCAAUUAAUUAAUGAUAAUAAAUUAAAUUAUUUUAGGGGAAAUAAUAAAAAUUAUUUCCAAGAGAUUAAUAUUGAUGUGAAAUUUAUAGAAAAUUUUCUAUUAAAUUUAAAGGAUUUCAAAAUAAUUAAUUUGAAUACCAUAAAUAAUGAUAGUGGUAUUAUAAAUCUAUUAAAUACCGCUAAUAUUAGCCCAGUUAACGAGACAUUUGGUGAUAAUGCCAAAGCUACAAACUUAUUAAAGUUUCUAUUGAAUAAUCAAUUUAAUUUAUUACAAUCAAACAAUACCAAAGAUAAUAAUAGUUUAUGUGAUUUGAUUGAAUUCGAUAAUUACUCAACUAUAUCAUUCAUGGCAGCUAUUGCAUCAGAAGAGAUUAUUAAAUUAUUAACUCAUCAAUUUAUACCUAUUGAUAAUACUUUAGUCUAUGAUAACUUUAAUGAUCAUAUUAUUACCUUGCAACUAUAA